CGUCCGUCACACCGCAUGCGGCCGCCCCGAAUUCAGCUCCGACACACACGAACAAGAACCAGGUUGCGCCCCCGGCCGCCCGCCCUCUCCACGUCCAUCGACUUGUCGUUCGAAUCGAAACCUCCCGCCGGCUGCUCCCGCAGCGCCCCCCGACCAGUACAGACAGACUCGACUCCUCCCCGUUGGGGCAAUAGCGACAUCGAGCUGCUGAGCAGCCCAAAUCUACCACGAUGCCGCUCAACGUCUUCCGCGUCGCCGCGGAUCUCUCCCAUCUGGGGAGUAUCUUCAUCCUCCUCCACAAGAUGGUGCAGCUCAACAGCUGCGCCGGCAUUUCUUUCAAGUCACAAGCACUCUACCUCUUCGUCUACGUCACGCGAUAUCUCGACCUCUUCUCAACACACAGCUUCUACAACCUAGUCUUCAAAAUCAUGUUUAUCGGUUCGCAGGGCUACAUCAUCUACCUCAUGACCAACGCCUACAAGCCCACAAACGACCCCAACGUCGACACGUUCCGCGUGCAAUACCUCCUUGGCGGCGCCGCCAUCCUCGCCAUCCUCUUCCCAUACAAGUACACCAUGUCGGAGAUUCUCUGGGCCUUCUCCAUCUGGCUCGAGUCGGUCGCCAUCCUCCCGCAGCUCUUCAUGCUGCAACGCACCGGCGAGGCCGAGACCAUCACCACCCACUACCUCUUCGCGCUCGGAAGCUACCGUGCGCUGUACAUUCCCAACUGGAUCUACCGCUACUUUGCCGAGCCCGACCACAAGCCCGACUGGAUUGCAAUCAUCGCCGGCAUCGUCCAGACCGUCCUGUACAGCGACUUCUUCUACAUCUACUACAACAAGGUGCUCAAGGGCAAGAAGUUCAAGCUUCCCGUAUAAAAGACGGCAAUGGACCGACAGCCCGCACCGCGCGACGCGACGGACGGAUUUCAAGAAUGGCCACGGCGAACCGCGACCGACGGAACUGGCACGGUGUCGCAGGUGUCUUCUGAGCGGGGGAAAACUUUUUGACUCCAGCAUUCGGGGCGGCACGGACGGCGUUGUUGGCAAACUGAGAGAGGCGAUAAUGACCACAGCGUCUCUGGUUUGACUCGGAAUGUGCCGCGAUAUAGAAGGUGAUGAUCCCACGAGCCUCCCGGAGGCCAUGUGGUGAUGUAUGUGUACAAGAUUCUGGCCCAAUGGCCAUGGGGAGGCGCGUCUUCAAGAGUCAGUGUAAUAAUGACAGAAAAUGCCUUGCACAAUUUACUUUAG